CUCUUCCUCUUGCAUGUGCACAUAGUCUUUCUUUAAGAACAUAGGAAGUGUCAAGGCUUCACACCCCUGCUUUGCUCUGUCAGUCAGUCAUUCUAGAGACAGGAUGGAGCUCAGUCCACAAACUGUGAUUGUCUUGCUGAUUUCACUUAUCCCAGUGUCACAUACUCAAGUGGGUCCUAAAGCUGGGGUGUCCAUAAAGCCUGAUACACAUGUGUACAGAGGUGAGAGCGUUACUCUCAGAUGUGACAUACAGGGAGGAGAAGACACUGAGUGGACAUACAGCUGGUAUAAGAACAAUUACAGACUUGCCGUUCGCAUGGGCUACGGAUUCUAUACAGGCAGCACAAGGCAGAAGUACAUUCUCCGUUUUGUUAGUGAGCCUGACAGUGGUGACUACACCUGCCAAGGAUGGGACGGUGAUUCUCAGAGCUCACUGAUCAGUGAUGUUGUUACACUGACUGUUUCAGAGAGGCCAGCACUGAGUGUAUCUCCACAGAGCUGGCUGACUCAAGGAGACUCAGUGACUUUAAGCUGUGUGGUUACAAAGUCCUCUACAGGAUGGAAAUUCAGCUGGUACGCAGAUUAUCCCUACAGAAAAAUCAGAGACAGUCACGGCGAUAUUGUUUAUGGAGCCUCCUACACAAUCUGUCCUGCCGCUCUUAAUCACACAGGAGUUUAUUGGUGCGAUGCGCAGAGAGAAGGGUUGUCCUUGAGAUUUUCAUCCAAUAAGCAGCUACUAUGGAUCGCUGGUGAAUCUCCUCCAGUCUCUCUGACCAUCAAUCCCAGCAGAACUCAACACUUUACUAAUGACUCUCUCUCACUGAGCUGUGAGGACCAGAGUAACUCUACUGAACUAAGAGUGAACCGAUACACACACAGUGAAAAAGUGUCAAGUUGUUCACGUUGGGGAUCAGUUACAGGAUCUAUAUGUAAAAUCAGCUCCCUCUCCACAUCCCACACUGGAGUUUACUGGUGUGAGUCUGAAUCUGGAGAAAACAGUAAUCCUGUCAACAUCACAGUGUAUGAUGGUGAUGUGAUCCUGGAGAGUCCUGUCCAUCCUGUCUCUAAGGGACAUCCUCUGACUCUACGAUGUUUAUAUCGCAACACAAAGUCCUUAAACCUCCGAGCUGAUUUCCAUAAAGAUGGAUCAGUUGUCCGAACACAGACGACAGGAGAGAUGAUCAUCCCUAGGGUCUUAAAGUCAGAUGAGGGUUUCUACUCCUGUAAACACCCGGAGAGAGGAGAGUCUGCGAAAAGCUGGGUAGCAGUCAGGGGGUCAGGUCCAUUAUGUAUAGAAGGCUCAUCAGGUGUAGAAGCUCCAUUCUCAGUGCUCAUGCUGAUCAGUAGUGUAGUGACGGCAUCUCCGUAUCUGCUGGUCACCAUCAUUCUGCUGUUCAAAUGUUACAGAGCUCGAGGGCAGACCUGACACCUCUUUCUGUUCAGAAUCAGGUGGCCUCAGUGGGGUUGUGGCUGUGGCUGUGUAGGUUGAUGUUGAGGCAGUGCUGGCCGAAGAGGAUGCUGGACAUAAGUAUAACACUCCGGUGUUUUUUUGGACAAUAUGAAACAACCGUGGUGGUGUCUGCAAAAGCAAAUUUUAAAGAAAGUGGAGCCCUGCACUUCACCUGCAAAAUUUUAGCAGGCAGCUCAGGUUUUUUUUUUAUUUUUUUUUUACUGUGCCCACCAUGGUAAGUUUCCACCUGAGAAGUUCUUGUCCAAGUUCAUCGCUGGUAAAAAUUUUUUUAUUGUGACCACACAGUCCAAAAGUCAUAUCAAGGACUACACGUUUUCCUUGAUUUUUCUCAGGAAUGCCACUUGCAUGUUUGCCUGUGUAAAUCUGCAGAUUUCAUGCAUAGCUGGUUUUUGCAUCACAGGCUGCCCAAAUUUCUAUGCCGUAUUUCCCUGGCUUACUAGGCAUGUACUGCCGAAAAGGACAUUUUCCACGGAAAGGGACAAAAUGUUCAUCUAGUGUAACCUCUGGCCCAGGGUUGAACAUCAGUGAAAAGAGCUGCACCCACCUUUCUCUGACAUCCCUAAUGGUAGCAAGCUUGUCAUAUUUUUUUCUAGUUU